GUGUCGGAGAGAAGAGCUGCUGACGCGUGGCCCCCGCAGCUCCCGCCGCCGCCGCCGCCGCCGCCGCCGCCCCACCGACCCCUCCCGCCGCCCAGACCACGCCUGCGCCCCGCACACGCUGACGCGAGGAGGAAGAUGGAGCCGCGCCGUGCCGGCUGGGUCCCCGCGCCGCUGCUCUGCCUAGGUUUCCAUCUUCUACAAGCAGUUCUCAGUACGACUGUGAUUCCUUCAUGUAUCCCAGGAGAGUCCGAAGAUAACUGCACAGCUUUAGUUCAGACAGAAGAUAAUCCACGUGUGGCUCAAGUGUCAAUAUCAAAGUGUAGCUCUGACAUGAGCGGCUACUGUUUUCAUGGACAGUGCAUCUACCUGGUAGACAUGCGUGAAAAUCACUGCAGGUGUGAAGUGGGUUACACUGGUGUCCGAUGUGAGCACUUCUUUUUAACCGUCCAAAAACCUCUGAGCAAAGAGUAUGUGGCUUUGACUGUGAUUCUUGUUAUCUUGUUCCUCGUCAUAGUUGCUGGCUCUGUAUACUAUUUCUGCAGAUGGUACAGAAAUCGAAAAAGUAAAGAACCAAAGACGGAAUAUGAAAGAGUGACCUCAGGGGAUCCAGCAUUGCCACAAGUCUGAAUGGUGCCAUUAAGCUUACGGGCAGGGAUGCACUGCAUACCUGGUUACGUUAAUAUUCCUAUUUUAUUAAUAAUAUUUAUGUGGGGUCAUGUGUUAAGUCAACAAUGAUGUAUUUUAAUAUACAAAGAAGAGUUUUUAUUUUUGUUUUAUUUUUGACAGACUGUUUGCUAAUGUAUAAUGUACACAAAUAUUUACUAUAGAAAGAAAAUGGAUAUUUUUGUAAGAAAUGCUUUAUUGAAAGCUUUUUUGCCUGCUGUACAAUGCAUAAGUGAGCAAUGCCCAGUUCAUUGUUCAGGACGUGUCAGCAAGUGACAGGUUUCUGUAAGCCUAAAUAUAUGGUCAAAUCAAUUUAAUAAGUGUAUAUUUCUACUCCUCGAAUCAAUGAUAGUUGGUUUGACUAUAUCAUAGUCUGAUGUAUGAGUUAGCACCACUGUGCCAUGUGUCAAAACAGUAAUGCUGUGGGAAUUGGGGAGAAGCAAAUAUAGAUCACGUGCUAAACACUACUUAUUUGAAACAAACUAAACCCCGGAGGGCUCUGCUCCCUCCACGCACAUCCUUAGCUAUAACUCACUGUUUGUCUGCCUGGGGAGA